AUGGCAUCCCGACCUACCGUCACGAUCCUGGGUGCCGAUGGCAAGGCCACUCAGGCCACCCACACCUUUCCUACCGUCUUCACCGCCCCCAUCCGUCCUGAUAUCGUCCAGGAGGUGCACAAGGGAAUCGCCAAGAACAAGCGCCAGCCCUAUGCCGUGAGCGAGAAGGCCGGUCACCAGACCUCUGCCGAGUCCUGGGGAACUGGUCGCGCUGUCGCCCGUAUCCCCCGUGUCUCUGGUGGUGGUACGCACCGUGCUGGUCAGGCUGCUUUCGGUAACAUGUGCCGUUCCGGUCGCAUGUUCGCGCCUACCAAGACCUGGCGCAAGUGGCACGUCAAGAUCAACCAGAACCAGAAGCGAUUCGCUACCGCCUCUGCUCUGGCUGCUUCUGCCGUUCCCUCCCUGCUGUUCGCCCGUGGUCACCAGAUCUCGGCCGUCCCUGAGGUUCCUCUCGUCGUCGACUCCGCCGCCUUCGAGGGCGCUGCCGCCGCCAAGACCUCCGGCGCUCUCGGUCUGCUGAAGGCCGUCGGUGCCGGCCCCGACCUGGAGAAGGUCAAGGGCUCCAAGAAGCUCCGCGCCGGUAAGGGCAAGCUCCGUGGUCGCCGCCACCGCCAGCGCCGCGGACCUCUCGUCAUCUACGACCCCGAGGUCGACGGCAAGGAGCUUGUCAAGGGUUUCCGCAACAUCCCCGGCGUUGAGACCUCCUCCGUCUACUCCCUGAACCUGCUGCAGCUGGCCCCUGGUGGUCACCUCGGCCGAUUCGUCAUCUGGUCGUCCGCCGCCUUCAAGGCCCUCGACAAGGUCUACGGCACCACCACUGAGCCCUCGGCCCUGAAGAAGGACUUCCUCCUGCCUUCCAACGUCGUCGCCCAGGCCGACCUCACCCGUCUGAUCAACUCCUCCGAAAUCCAGAGCGUCCUGCGUGCCCCCAAGGGCGAGUCCCGGACGAAGCGCGGCAACGUGCAGAAGAAGAACCCUCUCAAGAACAAGCAGGUCCUGCUGCGCCUCAACCCUUACGCGUCUGCCUUCCAGAAGGAGAAGCUCGGCGAGAAGAAGGUCGAGGGUGGCAAGCCCAAGCCUGUGUCUGAGGCCUUCAAGCUCACCCUGGCCGACUAA